AUGGACGCUCGUUACAACAAAACCCAAGCCAUGGAAGAUCUUAUCCGGUAUACAGAGGCCAGAGGUAGAUGCGACAUCGGUACCGAUUGCCAGCAACUGCUUGAAGUCGACAUUGAUAAACUCGAAAUCGUGGCGUACACAAGGCCAGACACGUACCGUCUUUGCAAAUUCGACGAGAAAUCCGAUAGUAUGCAAGAGGUUAUCGUACGACUUCAAGGCAUUUUUGCUGAGACUCAUGUUAAAAAGAUUAGAGGUCUUCGUCAAGCAGUUCAAGUUACCGGUCUCGGAGAAGACAUCUUUGGAUCUAUCAUUCGAACGGUAGAAAAAAUUCAUCAAAAAUUCGAACUAGCGUUGCCGGUCAACACUUUGGGAUCUUUUCAACGCGGAGAAUACGAGGGCACAGUAGCACUGUAUGCUCACAACAGAUAUUUCACCGACAGAAGGCUUGCACCUCAACAAGAACACCAGCCUUUUCUUCCCAUGGUCGAUCCAUACGGCGCAUUGGACAAAUUGCGAUCGCAAACAUUUAUUCACAGUUGCGACAACAUAGUUGAAUACACCUCGUUGAGGAAGGAUGCAAAAGGGAAUGACGAAUAUUUCGUUAUCAAUCCAGCCACUUUUGGUUUGGGAGAUAUUGUGGAGAUCAGCGUUGGCUUCUGUACGAAAGAAAGCGUUGGCAGUCAGCAAGGGUUCCCUGCUGCCUACUUUAGGCCCCGCAUUGACCUUGAAACGUAA